GUUGCAUUGGUAGAUUCAGUGUAAUGUUUUAUCUUUUAUCAACUUACAUUGGCUUGGUGAAUGCCACAUCACAUGAACACUAAAUACAGACAUAGCAGUAGUCAUAGUCUUAGACUGCAAAAUGUGGGAACACCCUAAGCACAUUCAUACAAAGAUGAGUAAUAUCCGCCAGCGUCGCAGCAAACUCUCCAACUCAACCUCCAAGCAGACAAAUGACACUCACACGAGAGAAGAGACAUUAGAUAAAGGAAAGAACAGAGUGAAGAAAACAUGCGAAGAGGAAUUAGAAACAGUUGAAGAACAACGAGGAUUAGUAUGGAGGUUCCUGUUAACACCGAGUCUUGUGAUUGGUGUGAUAUUAUGUGUAGUACUUGGAUGGGUGAACUCAAGAUAUAUGUCAACUCUCCAUGAGAAUGAUAUGUGGUUCUCCAAUAUACAGGAAGUUGAGAGGGAAAUCUCAUUCCGUACAGAACAGGGACUUUACUAUUCCUACUACAAACAAAUGAUCAAAGCGCCAUCUAUUCAGCAAGGUCUGUAUGAGCUGACACAUGAUAAUAUCACAGAACAUCUACGCACCAUCAACAUAUUGCAUAGAUUUAAUAUUUACCAGGAAAUCCUUCUCAGCAUUAUAUACAGACUUACAUCAGUAAAGAACUAUUUUGAGCCAGUCUAUUUCUACAUCAAUACCAUAUUUGGUCUUCAUGGGUUGCUUGUUGCUGCCAUCUAUGUGACAUCCUGGGCACUAAGUGGUUCUUGGCUCAGUGGAGUUCUGACUGCAUUGUUCUACAUAUUUAACAGGCUAGACACAACAAGGGUGGAAUAUGUUAUACCCCUGAGGGAAUGCUUCUCUCUUCCUUUCCUAUGGACACAGAUCAUGUUCAUUAACUUCUUUUUUCAACCCAAGUCAACAUCAAGGCUCAAACAGAAAUUGUAUAUAGUAGGUAUGUCUCUGUGCACAUUUUGCUUUUGUGUGACAUGGCAGUUCAACCAAUUUGUUCUGCUGCUUCAAGCCAUGGCACUAUUUGGCGUAGGAAUGUUAGAAAUAGUCCCUAUAUACAAGGUUUGCACUGUGUUCCUGAUCCAGGCCUGUAGUCUGCUUCUCGUGUGUGCCAUGCAGUUCAUCAAUGUGAUGAUCAUUGGAUCUCUUGUUUUGAGCUUCAUUCCCGCAGCUUUCGUUGUCUUUUAUAUCAAGCAAAAGAUUCCUGUGAGAAACAUAGUGUUAAGGGUGUUCCUGUUACUAUUUUAUAUAAUCCUGGUGCUCUUUUGUAUGGUUGGGAUCAACUGGCUCAUAAAGUGUGUAGUUGAGAUACAGGCUGAUGAACAUAUCUACAAGUUUGUUCUCUACAAGUUUGGAUUUGGAGAUCCAAGGGAUUUUGAUACAAAAUUGUACAUCUGUAAUGGAGCAUUUGAGUUCAUGGAUAGCAGUAUUCUGACACGUACUACUGAGAAUGGUUUUAUGUUCCCUCUUUAUAUAUCUACUCAUGUCAUAUUACUGGGAAUGCUAGCAGUCACUGUAUUACAGAAAUACUGGUCUCCUGUCCAAGAAGGUAAAGAAGCAAAAGAUGACAGUUUACUUUCUAACAGACCAGAGUUAGCAUUCCAUGCAAUUCAAAUCGUGUUUUUUGCUGCUAUGGGGAUUACUACUCAGCGAAUGAAGUAUCUCUGGACUCCUUAUAUGUGCAUAUUUGCAAGUAUUGGGAUCACUGACUACCAUAUAUGGAGUUGCCUAAUUAAAAAACUGAACAAGUCAGAAAUAGCUAUCCAGUUACUCCGGCACUUAACAGCAAUAUUGGUCAUCUCUGCUGUGCUUUAUAAGUGCUUACCUCCUGUGCUAAAGGACUUGGAAGAGCUUAGGGAGUUCUAUGACCCAGAUACUGUAGAGCUUAUGGAUUGGAUAAAGAAGGCCACUCCAAAACAGGCAGUGUUCUCAGGCAGCAUGCAACUUUUGGCAGGAGUCAAGUUGUGCACUGGAAGAUCUCUGACCAAUCACCCUCACUAUGAAGAUAAACAACUCAGAGAGAGAACAAAAGAGUUAUACCAGUACUAUGGAAAACGAUCUCCAGAUGAUGUUUAUAAGAUUAUGAAGAAAUAUGAUGUAGGCUACAUAAUACUUGAAGACAGUAUAUGCUUGGCCAGGAAGUCUGACCAUUGUACCACCACUGAUAUCAUCAAUAUAGACAAUGGCUAUACAAUGGCUAUAUACCAGAAGAUGGAACAAGGUUUCCAGGUUCAGUUAAAGCUAAAUAUCCAUCCUUUUGUGAUGAAGUUAGGCAUGGUCAUGGAAAAUAUGGAAAAUACUUUAAACUAGUAUUUGAGAACAGAACGUUUAGAGUGUACAAAAUAAUGCAUUGACUCUAAAACGAAAUUAAAACAAGGACGUUUAUGAACUCUGCCAUAAGAAACCUUUCCACAACAGUUAUAAAAAAACUCCACCCAUAAAUUAUAAUAAAAAACUCCACCUAUGAAUGAUUAUUAGAAAUUCCACCUAUGAACAAUUAUACGAAACUCCACCUAUGAACAAUUAUGAGAAACACCACCUAUGAACAAUUAUGAGAAACACCACCUAUGAACAAUUAUGGGAAACACCACUAUGAAUGAAAAACUGAAAUUUAAUAAAAAGCUCCACAAUUCUCCAUAAUGGAACAAUUGAA